AUGGAAUAUACAGAUUUGCAGCCAACCGCAUUUGUUCCCCGUCCACUCAAGGUGGUAGUUAUAGGUGCAGGACCGAGCUUACGCUUCAUAGAAUUUCUGGCAUCCAGAUUGCCCAUGAUCUAUCUUGUCAAUUUCCCGGGAUUGAUCUUGAGAUUUACGAAAAAAAACCCCGACGUUGGUGGAACCUGGUAUGAGAACAGAUAUCCAGGAUGCACAUGUGAUGUCCCGUCGCAUACAUAUCAGUUCAGUUGGGCACCAAAUCACAACUGGUCUCAACUCUAUCCUGCUGCAUUUGAGAUCUACACCUAUCUUCGGGAUACGGUGAAUCAGCAUGGUCUCAGGAAGUUUAUGCAAUUCCACUGGCGAUGCGUCUCAGCCAAUUGGGAUGAAUCUGCAUCCAAAUGGACAACAGUGUUUGGACAUACCCAGUGCAAUGAAAAAAAGGUUGUGAUUUCCGACGUGUUGGUGUAUGCCGUCGGCCGACUCAACAACUACCGCAUACCUGUUGUGGAGGGGCAAGAUCGCUUCCAAGGGCGUAUUGUACAUACCGCCGCAUGGCCAGAUGAUCUCGUUGUUGAAGGGGCGCGAGUAGUAGUCAUUGGAAAUGGAGCAAGUGCCGUGCAGUGUGUUGCGGCCCUACAACCAGUGGUAUCUAAGCUGGUCAAUAUUUCUCGAGGGCCUACCUGGAUAGUACCCCAUGUACUUUCGGAGGAUGGCUCCGUCCAAAAGGAUUAUACCGCCCAAGAGAGACGGUCAUUCCAAGAAGACCAAAAGUUUUAUUACACUCAUCGCAUUGGUCUUGAACAAAAGGUCGCUACAGGGUUCUCUGGCCUUUGGAAUGGAACAUCAGCCCAAGGACGGUUUACCGCCAUGUGCAAGUCAUUCAUGGAAUCCAAGGUCAAAGACCCAGCUUUGCUGAAUGCUCUUUUGCCUGAUUUUCAGGCGGGAUGUCGUCGCUUCACUCCAGGUCAGCAUUACUUGGCUGCCUUGCAGCAGCCCAAUGCAGAGUACGCGCAGGGCUGCAUCGGGGAGCUAACCGAUAGCGCCCUUAUUACUCAAUCGGGGAAGACAUACCCGUGUGAUGUCAUUGUAUAUGCGACUGGGUUCGAGCCCUAUCAGCCGCGGUUUCCGAUCAUUGGGAGAGAUGGAGCCUCCCUGGAUGAUAAUUGGAAUCGUCGAGGACCAUGCGAGAGCUACAUGGCGGCCAUGGUGGCCCAGUUUCCUAACUUCUUCGCAUUCAAUCCUCCCAUAUGCCCAGUCAAUGGAUCUGCUAUUCCGGGCAUUGAAAGAGCAGCAAACUACAUGAUCAGGGUAUUGGAUCGUCUGCAAACUGACAACCUGAGUUCCGUCUCCGUUAGGAUUGAGGCACAACAAGAGUUCAACAAGUGGGUUCAGUCACGAAUGGCUGAAAUGGUGUGGUCUGGGCAGUGCAGCUCGUGGUAUAAAAACGACGAUGGUAAAGUUAUGGUUCCGUGGCCCGGGACACUUCUGCACUACUAUAGGGCCACCGAACUCAUCCGCUGGGAAGAUUUCGAUCUCCGCCACCGCUCUGCAACUCAGCCAUACGGCAGCUUCGGGAAUGGACUCACCGAAGAUGGAUUCGUGCCAGAAAAGUUUCCUUGGGUGAAUGUCCCAGACGAAUCAAGUCUGUGCGAAAAGAAACGGGCCAUAACAUGCUCAUUGGUGGGGCACUUGCGAGCUUCUUGGCCCUGUUGGUCGAUUUGGACGAUCAGUGCAAUUAUUGUCUGGAUGCCUCGAUGA